GCCCCAGCCAUGGACAGGCACCGAUCCGAGACGUCGUCGAGGCUCGUGACGAUGAGCGCCCAGGCCACCCACAAUUUCGAGGUGACCGAUUUCUCGCUGCUCGAGGGCAUGGGCGUCGGGAGGUAUGUCAACUCGAGGACCUUCACCGCCGGCGGCCGUGACUGGAACAUCAGGCUCUACCCCGACGGGUGGAAAGAGGAGGACAAAGCCGCCUAUGCGUCUGUCUUCCUGUGUCUCAUCGGCGGCGCGAAUGGCGCCAGGACGAAGUACGCUCUAGAGUUACUGGAGAAAGACGGCGAGGUUUCCGAUCUCCAGUACUCCACCACCAUGAUAUCACAUACAUUUGGUGAGCCUGAUGCUUUCUGGGGUUUUGGCAAGUUCUUAGAGAAAUCCAAGCUGAAAUCGCCGCUGCGCCCCAAAGGCGACGAGGGCUUCACUAUCAGGUGCGUUCUCACCGUCAUUGGAGAAUCUGAAUCUGAGGACGUAGGCACCAUUGCCGUUCCGCCAUCACACAUGCACCGGCACUUCGAGCACAUGUUGAAGGAUGGGAGAGGCGCGGACGUGGCGUUCGACGUCGAUGGCUAUAAAAUGAUAAGAUAUCAGACUGCUAGAGAAUAUCUUGCUAAGAUUGAGGAGCAAUUCAUGGGCUCCUCUAAAGCUUAUGCCACCACCCUUAUCAAAAGACACGCUGUGUUCUUGGAAGAUGAAGUGAUCAGGGGGAGCAUCACUCCCAGGGAAAUUAAUUUAGAAGAAAAACGGGAAUAUGUUCCAAUGCCCAUGAUUCAAGAUCCUAUUUUCCCUGUGCAUGCUGAUGUUGUACCUCAAGCCCAAGGGACUGUUGAUACAACACCUGUUGAAACUUCUGGAACCACUCCAAGUGUUGCACCUAAUGAUGAGCCUAAUGAGGAUAUUCAACAGCCUCCAGUUUUAAUGGAUGAGCAAAAUAAUGAGCAACCACUCAGAAGGUCACAACGAGAAAAAAGAUCAGCUAUUCCUAGUGAUUAUGUCACUUAUAUGAGUGAAGAUAUGAAUGAGCUAAUGUUAGACAGUGAUCCCACGUCAUUUAAGGAGGCCAUGAAUAAUGAACAUUCAUCUGAAUGGCUCGAUGCUAUGAAAGGUGAAAUGGAAUCUAUGAGUGCUAGUGAAUUCCGUGCCCACAGAUGCGUGGUCGCCGCGCGAUCUCCAGUCUUGGCGGCGGAGCUCUUCGGCCCGAUGAAGGAGAAGGAUACGGCGGAGCCUAUCAAGGUCGGCGACAUGGAGCCCUGCGUCUUCGAGGAGCUGCUUCUCUUCAUGUACACCGAUCGGAUCUCCGACGACAAGCGUGGCGCCGACAAGAAUGCGGUGAUGCAGCACCUGCUGGUCGCCGCGGAUCGGUACGGGCUCGGCAGGCUCAGACUGAUGUGCGAAGUCGAGCUGUGCCGUGGCAUCGACGCGCCAAGGGUCGCCACCACUCUUGCUCUAGCGGAGCAGCACCGCUGCGCGCACCUCAAAGAUGCUUGCCUCACGUAUGUUGCCUCGCAGGAUGUGCUUGGUGCUGUCAUGGAAACUGAUGGAUUCAAGCAUCUCGCCGCGAGUUGCCCUUUAGUUUUGGUGGAGAUUCUGGACAAGAUCGUCAAAGGCAAGAGGCUGUAGUGUUUGUUAAGUUUGUAAGUUCAGCUGAAUUGAUGAUACUGAAUUGCCGUUGGGUUUCUCUAGUUGGGCUCUGUCAUUGUUCUAUCUUCUUUGCCUGAAUGGUGAAUGCAUUCCAUGUAUCGGCUUAUUGUCAGACCAUGACAUUAUCAGUGCGUUACUAUCCUGGUAGAAUCUCUA